UCACUAGUUCGUACAACAAAAAACAUAUUCUCUUAUCCACGUAAAAUAUCAUCUCAACUGCCUUAAAAGAUAAGCUAUCCCAUGAGGCGGUCAUUCGGAGCAAUGGGCGGCGGUGGUGGAGGGAUGAUGAAGACGGUUCACAGAGCCGUGAGGGCUGGUUCCGGCACCGGCGACCCAUUUUCUCAUUCCACCACCAACCACAACUCACCCACUUAUAGACCUUCAUCAACUGAUAAUAAAAAUAAUAAUUCAAACACCCUUUCUUUCUCAUCCAAUCACCAUCCCUACCCUUCAUCUUACAUCAACCAAUAUGAUGAUUUUGUUUUUUCUACUGUUCCAUCCAUGGAUGAAGUUCACCAUGCAAUAGAUUCGCUCCAACAGGUUCUUAAUCCUCCAGCUAUCUCUCACGAAUCAGGGUGGGAAUUCGAUUGGAUUGAACCUUCAACAAGUAUGUUAAAAGCCUAUGGUGGUUCUGAAAGUGUUUAUGAUGCGUUCCGUUUACUGCAAACUGAACCUUCUGUUAAGAAAAUGGUGAUGUCAAUAGCAUCUGAUAAAUCUGUUUGGGAAGCUGUUAUGAACAAUGAGGCGGUUCGUGAGCUUCGAGAUUCAUUCUAUGAAGCCAACAAGAGUAUUUUGGGUGAUGAGGUUGAAUCUUCUGACGACCGGGCUCCAGUUCCUGAUGUUCUACAGUGGAUUCUCAUCAACACGAAGGCGAAACUGAUGGAAAUAGUUAAGAAAACCACAGAAAUGGUGAACAGGAUGUUGUUUCAGUCUCCAGGCAAUGGAAAAGCCAAGGAUGAAGAUGGUGUAGAGACCGAACCAUUCGGAAAAAAAGUAACAAGUUCGUUCUUUCUUUCGAUUAUGGUUCUUAUGAUUAUAGUUGUGACCCGUUCUUGCAAGUAUUAAUAAUCUACUUGCCCAGAUUACAUAUCAUGUAUGUGAUUGUUGUUUGUCAAUUCUCAAGUGUUGUUUUCACUCAAAUUGUAGCAUAGAUAGACAUAUCCACAGUUAAUGAAGUUUAAAAACAUACUAUAAUGUUCUAUCGA